AUGUUUAAGACAUUGUUAUUAGCUAUUUUCAGUCGUAUUUUAAUAAUAAUUAUCUCUUUAAGUGUCAAAUAUAUAUCCCCUCCUUAUGAUUACUGUAUAAAAGAUAAUUAUUCUUUAUUGAGGUGGGAUGCAAUACAUUUUCUUGAUAUAAUCAAUUAUAAAUAUUCUACCGAGCAUUCCACUGUAUUCUUUCCACUAUUACCUUUUAUGAUAAGAUAUACUUAUAAUAUUAUCAAUCCCAAUAUGGAAAUUUUUACAUAUUCUAUUUUAUUUAAUAAUAUUGUAUUUAUAUUAUCAGUUUUACUGUUCAGUAAAAUGAUAAAGAAGAUAAUUAAAGACAAAGUCUUACAAAAUGUAUCAAUUGUCUUGUUUAUAUUUAGUCCUUCAUCUGUUAUAUUUAGUUCUUUAUAUUCAGAAUCAUUAUUUGUUUUAAUUUUUCUAAUUGGAAUUAAUCAAUUACUUUCCAAAAUGUAUAUUAAAUCUUCAAUUACAUUUAGUUUAUUAGGUAUAUGUAGGUCUAAUGGUAUAUUGGUUAUUUUAUUAAUUCCAUUUAAAAAUUUUUAUCAAUACAUUUUAAGUUUAAGUAUAAUUUUAUUUCCUCUAUCAAUAUAUCAAUUAUAUAUAUUAUACUUAUUAACAAAAGAAUACUGUUGGUUUAAUUUAAGAAUACCAUAUUCCUAUAUUCAGUGGAAAUAUUGGGACCAGGGGUUUUUAAACUUUUUUAAGUCUGAAAAUCUAUUUGAUCUAAUAGUAGGUUUGCCAAUCAUUUUAUUAUCACUUAGAAUAUUUUUUAUUGGAAAAGGUAAUUACAUUAAUAAUAACAGUUUGUAUUAUAGAAUGUUAUUAUUGUUUGUAAUUAAUAUUUUUAUGACUAUUUUCUUUUUACAUUGGAAUAUGGUUAUGAGGUUUAUAUCAUAUAAUCCUAUUGUUUAUAUUAAAAUUGGUGAAUAUUAUUUAAGAAAUAAGAAAAUUAUGAAAGUAUAUUUAACUUAUUUAUUAGUUUAUUUACUGUUGUUUAGUAAUUAUUUUCCUCCUGCUUAA